GCAACCCGCCAUCGGAACCACCGCGACGACGACGCCUGGCGAGCCAGUUUAGAUAGCCAAUCAAAGAGGCGAUUAGAAAUCAAAAGACCACCGCCGCCGCCUUUUUUCUUCACCGGCAGCAUCAAUGGAUCCUCGUUCGUUUUACUAUCAUCACUCCACCCACCAUGCCGCUUCUCACCCUCCGCCGCCUGCGCAUCCUCCUCCGCCUCCUCACCACAUUCCCGCCAACCCUAGUUUCUACAACCUCCCACCUCCGCCGUCGUAUCCUCCUCCUGUCUCCCAACCUCAGUUCAAUCCCCAAAAUCCCCAAUUCCCUAUCCACGCCAGCAACGUCGUCAACCCUAAUCACACCGUUCACGACGAUUACUAUUCGAGAUCGUACCCUCAGCAUCCCAGCUUCCCUCAGCCCCCUCGGGCCUUGCAUCCGGGGUCCCGUCACAGCGAUAUUCCUCCUCGCCGAUUGCCGGAGUUCAACCAUUAUGGUCGAGAUAGCCGUCCAGAUUUCAGAGAUUCUCCUAGGGUUUUGUCUGAUAGUCGAGGAAGAUCAGAUUUCGUGCAGGAUAGAUACGGUAGGGAGGUAAAUAUGGACCGUGACUCCCCUGCUAGGGUUAGGCGUGAGCUGGAUGGCAAGUCUAGAUUUUUGGGAGAUGUGAACGGGAGGACUGAGCAGAGUUUGAGAGGGGAAGGUUUCCUGGGCCGUGAUGAUCCUGGAUAUCAUCAUAGUCGUGAUCAACACCGGUCUUCCAGGGAUUACAUGGUUGCCUUGCAUCAUCAUAAUUCAGAUUCCAGAGGUUUUGACUCGGAUUCAAUGAAUUAUGAGAGACGGUUUGGUUUGAUUUCUGAUCAUGGCAGAGCGAGUGAAAACAACAGGGUGAUACAUGAUAGAGAAGUUAGGAGAGAUGUUCCCCACUCCAUGGUUGUGAUGGGGAACGAGGAGUUCACUCAUGGCGAUCAUCUUCGAACAAGCUCAGGGAAACGUGAGCACUACAUCAGCAGAGAAGAAAGUACGGGCUCGGAUUGGCAUAAUGGCAAGGUUAAUAGAGAGGAGAGCAAAGGGUGCAGGGAAAGUAGUUACGAGUUUGAUCAUACGCCAAAGAAGCAGACACCGAAGAAAAGUGCUUUUCUUAGGAUUCAGAAGCCUAUGUUCAAGAAUAAGGAGAAUCACAAGACACAUUCCUCUGGUUACUAUGGUGAUAACAAAUCUGGUGCUAGGGCUAAAGACCGUAGUUUGAACAGAUCCUGUUCAAAGCCAAGCGAGGGUGGUAUUAAAUUGAACUCUGUAAUUGUGAAAAAUGCAGCAAGUCCUUGCAAGGACCUUGAACUUUCCAAAGAGAAUGUGGGAGCUUCUUCUACUGCGAAGACUAACACUAGUUCUGUGCCUGGUUCCUGUGGGAAUGGUGUGGCAUCUGGAGAGGCUAUGUUGGAGGGUUCGGGAAAGGACAACCCAUCAGAUGAAGGAAGAAGUUCUGUUAUUUCAUCCAGUGCUUCUUUGGAGACGGCCGCAAAGAAGAGAAAAGUAGUAAGGCAAUUGGUCAAGAAGAAUGUACAGGUUAACGUUGGUUUGUCAAGUUCACAGCCAGCGAAGUUUCCUGAUGACAGCAGUGCUUUCCAGAUCUGUCCAAAAGAUUUACCUGUGAUGCCUGAGAAUGGCAAACUUGAGACAUUGGAGAAGGCUGCGGUAUCUGAUGAACCAAACUCCAAUGGUAGUUUAUUACAUGAAGCUUCCAUUGAAAUUGGUGAUUCACAGCUCUGUCCAAAUGAUUUACUUUUUAGGUGUGAGAAUGACAAGCUUGAGACAUUUGAGAAGGUUGUGGUAUCUCAUAAAUCAGACUCCGUCAAGAAUGUUCUCAACGAUGCUUCAGUUGAGGAUGGUGAUCCACAGCACUACCUGAAUGAUUUACCUGUCAUGCUUGAUGCAUCAGAGAAGGGAAUGGUGUCUGAUAAAUCAAUCUUUGAUAGCAAUCGUGUACAUGAUGCUCCAGGUGAAAUAGGUGAUUCACUGCUCUGUGCGAAAGGUCUACCUCUGAUGCCCAGGAACAGAAAGCUUGAUGCAUCAGAGAAGGAUAUGAUCUCUGAUAAACCAAAUUCAGAUGAGAAUUUUGUACAUGAUGCUUCAGUUGAGAUUGGUGAUUCACCAUUCCGGCUGAAUGAUGUACCUGUGAUUCCUGAGAGCGAGAAACUUGAGUCAUUAGAGAAGGAUAGUGUAUCUGGUAAACCAAUUCUCGAUGAGAAUUAUAUGAAUAACGCCUCAGUUGAAAUUAGUGAUUCAAUGCACUGGCCAGAUGAUUCACAUGUGAUUUCUGGGUCUGACAACGAGAUAUUUCAGAAGGCUAUGCUAUCGGAUAAAACAAACUCUGAUGUGAGUUUUGUUCAUGAUGCUCCGGUCCAUGACUUGCAUGUCACUAUUAUUAGCAGAGUGGAUGGUAAUCUGUUGACUGACUCAAAUGCUGAUGUCCCUAGCACAGGUGAGCGAUUGUCCUUUUCGGAUCGAAAGGGCGGAACACUUUCACAGGGUUUUCUUUCUGAAGAACAACAUGCAAAUUUUAAUUCAGAGAAAAAUAAAGUUCUCGAGGAUCCUAUAAAUUCAUGUAACAAGGACACAGGGAUUGAAAGUUAUCCAAUGUGCCUGCAAGAAGGUGGUUUUCGUUCUGCUAUCUCCGUCGUCAACUCUCCAGACAAGCAGGAUUUUACAGAGCUUCCAAACGCAUCUCGAGAGAAUGGUCAGAAUCAACGUUCAAGUGCUGGUAUUGGUCUUGCCGGGCAGUGCAAGGAGAUUUUCUGUCAUCCGAAGUCAGACAAUGUGGGUAUUGCGGGUGUUACUGCCACUGCAGCGUGCUAUGAUCAUGGUAUGAGGCCUGUCUUAGGUUCUGAUAACAGCUCUUCCAGCCAUGAGGUUAGAUACGAUGUUGUCAGGCAAUCUUCUCCAGAUGAAGCUACCAAGUCAGUUGAAAAUUCAACCCUGAGGUGCGUAAAUGAUAGAAGCUGUGCAAAUUCAAGUUGUAAUACACCUAAGGGAGACAGCGGCAGCAAAAAUGGUGAAUUGAAUGCUUUUGGCUUUUCCAGAUCACGAGUUGAAGACAUGGAUCUUGCAAAUGAACACAAUUCAGCAGCAUGGGUUGAUACCACUUUGAGGCUAUCUUUCAAAGAUGCUACCACAGAUCUUAAGGAUAGUAGUGAUGUUGGUUUACAUCCUGGGAUUGAUGGAACUGAUGUUGGAAAGUCAGGUAGUUUGACAGCUGCUUUGGGAGCUAAGGUCUUGAGUAGCAGCCCCAUCAUUGUUGAAUUGGAUGCGACUUCAUUACGGUGUAAAAAGAAGAGAAGAAUCUCAGCUGCUGAACUAGAUCUAUCUUUUGCAUUUGCAUCACAAGUUAAUGAAAGAGCUAACAGUGCAAGUGUUCUUACUGCUGGUGCUGAAGUGAUCUCAGAUUCUUGCAGUGAUCCAACCUCAUUCGUGGAACCUUUGUGUACCUUAGAUUUGUCAGGUUCACGUAAGGGAUUUGAUGAAGGAGAUAUGAUCAUGGCAGCAUCUGCAUCAAUAGUUAAUGAAGGAGCUACAAGUGCAAAUCUGCCUACUCAUGAUGUUGAAGUCUUCUCCCAUUCUUGCAAUGAUGAAAGCAAAGAAGGUUCCGCGCCCUCUGUGGAUCCUUUAUGUGCCUUAGAUUGGUCAGGUUCACAUAAGCAGCAUAAUGAAGGAGAUAUGAGCACGGCAGUUUCUGCAUCGGCAGUGGAAAUGACCUCCAGUUCUGAAAGUAGUCCUACUCACUCGGGUGUGGAUGUUGCCAUCUCCAGCAUUACAGAUCCAUGUACAUCAGAUUUGCAAUUUGCAAAGAAAGGAAAUUCUAUGUUGGUCGACAACCAUCCAAGGAGAGGUUGUUUUAACACCAAGGCCUCUAUUGACCGGGUUCAUCAUGAGGAUAAAAUAGAUAUGCCUAGAUAUGUGCUUCCAAUAGUUCAAAACCUCUUCUCCAGUUCCGAAAGCAGAAAGACUGCAGAUGCAACUAUAGUUAUGAAUGACAGAAGCUUUCCAGAAUCCAUGGAUUUUGAAAUUGCUAAUGAACAUGGUAUAGAACCAGAGGCUGUUGAAGGCCAAGUAGUUACUAACAGUAUGAUUACUCACCCUCAGUGUCGUCUUCCUUCACAACUCGAGUCUCUGAUGUCAAAUGAGGCAUUAACUGCUGUCAAUAUGGAGACUGACAGUUCUUAUCUUGAGAAGAACAACCCUCCAUCUGUGUCAAAUCAUCAUUCUUUGUCUGUGGACCUCAAUGAUCAUAUCACAGAGAUUUUGCCUGACGCAGACAAGGUUGUUAUCAAUAAUGGGAGUGCUCCGGACCAUCAUGCUUCAGAUUUUCACUCUCCAGUAGCAAAUGAAACAUUGGAUGUUGUAGGUACGGAGACUGGCAGUUCCUGUCUAGAGAAGGUCAAUCUCCCAUCUGGAUCAAAUCGUCUUUCUUUGUCUAAGGAGCUCAAUCAUCAAAUCAUGGAGAUUUCGCCUGUUGCAAUCGCUGAAAUUAGUUAUCCAGAGAAGUUGACUGGUGGCACUGAGACUUCCAUAUAUCAGAAUUUAACAGGGAAGUCUUCUGGAAGUGAUGGAAUUCCAUCUGAGAAGCCUGCAACCGAAGGAAGGUACACACAUAACAUUUGUCUCCAGAAUAGGAGAAAUGUGGUGUGCUCUGAUCAAGCUGUUGGAGGUGGCAUCUCAUUCUUGGGACGGCCUCCAAAUCUUAUGCCAAAAGCUUCACACGAUAUUAUUCACAAGCAGAGUGGCAUAAGUGAACUAUCUUGUGGAAAGAAGCAUCAGUCUAGUAGUGUGAUUAGUAGGACCCAAUCACACAGCUCGUCUUUUGUUUUAACUGCUUUGAGAAGUGCAUCCCUUUCAACACAUAUCUCAAAACCUCGAACAUGGCAUCGAAGUGACAGUUCCAUAGUUUCUACUCUCCCAGGACAGGAGGCUUCCUCAAGUAUCAUUACAAAACAAAGGCAACAUCCUAAAAGUACUGCAGGGGCUCAGACUACAUCUUAUAUCCGGAAAGGGAACAGUCUUGUUAGGAAACCUUCUCCAGUUGCUGCUCGAUCAGAGGGUUCGUCUGCUUCAGAUGCGGUCAAUUAUAAAACAGUAUCUGACAGUAGAGUUGAUGUUGUUGGUGCAUCAGUUUUUGUCAGGGCUGUAGAGACAAGUAGCUCGAUUGAGAGACCCAGAACACCUUUGCCAAUUGUACCUAAGGUGCCACACCAUGGUCCCAAGACUUCGGUUGACCGUAGAUCGUCUCCUGUCGUUGAGAGCCAUCUCAGUGAUUCCGUUAGAUCCAAGUCAGAUCCAUUAGUAGUUGUUGAGACUAAGGAUACUUCAAAAUCUUCAGAAAGCAUGUUGAGAACUUCAGAAGCUCCAGCGAUACAGACUGGUCAAGUUAAGAAUUUAGAAAAUUCAAAUGAGGUAAAUGAAGGCAGAGUAGGAUCUUCCAAUGUGAACAUAACUUAUGUUAAGAGGAAAUCAAACCAGCUGGUUGCCACCUCGAGUCUCUCCACUGUGUUGCCACAUGGUCCUUGUGAUAGCCAAGCUCUGUCCUCUGAAAGCUAUUACAAAAGAAGAAGAAAUCAGCUGGUUAGGGCUACAUUGGAUGAUGGCCUAAAACCGGGAUGUAGAAGUUCUGAUGAUAGGAACUUUGAAGGGAACUCUGCACUGGGUAUGAAAUCGAGCGGAAGUCUUAGCAAGAGACAGUUGCGCAAAGUUGUGACAAAGAUAAAGAAACCAUCCAAGUAUUCUUUCGUCUGGACGCUAAAUGGUACAAAGUCAUCAAAGGAUAAAUGUCAUGCAUUGCACUAUCAGAGAAUCCUACCUAACUUGUUUCCUUGGAAAAGAGCAACCUACCGGAGAAACUUCUUGCCAAGUUCAUUAUCCAGUUCCAAGAUUUCUUCUAUAAUUAGUAAGAAAUUGCUGCUCUCAAGAAGCCAUGAUGCCAUUUACACGAGGUCAAAACAUGGGUUUUCACUCCGAAAAUCCAAGGUCUUAAGUGUUGGUGGUUCUAGCUUGAAGUGGUCAAAAUCCAUUCAAAGCCGUUCCAAGAAAGCUAACGAGGAAGCUACUCUGGAAGUUGCUGCGGCGGACAAGAAAAAAAGAGAACAAAAUGGAGUCGGGGAUCUUGUUCCCGAGACCAAGAAUAGAAAUAAUUCUCCUAGAUCUGAAUCCUCACGAGUGUCCCUCGUUAAUGGUGUCAUCAGAUAUGAACUAUCUGCGUAUUCUUGUGCACCACAAACCGAGAAGGAGUCCAAGAAACCAUAUGUCCCAAGACGAUUUACGAUAGGAAAAGAUGAAUACGUCCGGAUUGGCAGUGGAAAUAAACUCAUUAGAAACCCCAAGAAGCGAAGUCGCAUCUUGGCGAGUGAGAAAGUUAGAUGGAGUUUGCACACUGCAAGGACAAGGCUUGCUAAGAAGCGGAAGUACUGUCAGUUCUUCACAAGAUUUGGCAAGUGCAACAAAGAUGAUGAUGGGAAAUGUCCAUACAUUCAUGAUCCCUCCAAAAUUGCAGUGUGCACGAAGUUUCUCAAUGGCUUAUGUUCCAAUGCUGACUGCAAAUUGACUCACAAGGUCAUUCCAGAAAGGAUGCCCGACUGCUCUUACUUUUUGCAAGGUCUUUGCACAAACAAAAGUUGCCCAUAUAGACAUGUGAAUGUCAGCCGAAGUGCCUCUACGUGUGAAGGAUUUCUUAAAGGAUAUUGUGCUGACGGAAAUGAGGUUACUAUUCUGACUCUUAACUUCGCAUGCAAAUACUGAUUGUUUCCUGAUAAUGAAAUCGUGUGGGGUAUUUUCAACCCUGUGAAGUAUGCCUGGUACACUGAUAAUAGCCGGCGAACUUGUGGUGCAAUGUCUUCAAUGAAGAUGACAAAAUUUCCUCCCUGUUUCUACAUGUUAGCUAUACUAUGGGUUUACGGUUUGCCUUCUGUAUUGACAUGGAACCAGAGGGUAGCAAAUGAGUUAGGUUGGUGGAUUGUGUUUAAAUGGGUUUCCGAGUUUGUGGAUUGAGCUUUAAAUUAUGGGUUGUUGGCAUCCCUUGGAAAUUGAUGUGGUUUGGAGAGUUGUUGCCAAGUUUAAGGCCCGUUGGUUUAAGCUUAAGUAUUGUGGGUUAAAAUGUAAAAUGAUCGCUGGAUUAGUUUGUAAAUAGCUAAAUAAGGCUACUGCAGUAUUCCGUGAAGAAGAAAAGUUAGAUUUAAAUGCACCAGUCGGCACAAUUGUGAAAGUUUAGGUGUUAAAAUGUAUGCAGGAAUCUUUAGGUACUUAUUUAAUGUUAGUUCUGCAAAAAUGCUUCUACCCAACUCAUAUGCCCACCAACCAAUGGGAUUUCGAUCAAAUGGGGUUGGGAUUAGAUGGGUUUUAAGUGCGUGGGUUAGGUUGGUGGGUUGGGGUUGAUAUUUGCGACCUCCGUGAAGCAGGGAUCAUAUGUUUAACUCAUCUAUUGCAUGCAUCUCUCUCUUUUGUUUGUGAAUUUCUGCAACAUGAAAUGUGGUACACAGUGUCAGAAGAAGCAUAGCUACGUCUGCCCAAGUUACGAAGCAACAGGAACUUGUCCCCAGGGAUCCAAAUGUAAGCUUCACCACCGAAAGAACCGUGUCAAAGGAAAGAAACCCUACAAGCGAUUACGGGAGAAGAACCAACAUGGACAUGGGCGAUACUUUAGUUCAACUGCACGUGUCAGUGCUGCUUCCCGUUCCGGAACUUCUGUUGUCGAGCGGCCGUUGAGCGAAAUUGGAGAUGCAGGUGCCGACUUUAUUAGCCUUGGCUUCAGUGAUGAUGAGGAAGCUGCUGGAGAAGAAUGCAGCAACAACCGAAGAGAUGACGAUGAUAUCGAUGAGCAACUGAACUGGAGUGAUGAUGGGGAGGACCUGGAAGACUUGGAAGUAAGUAAUCUGGACGAGCUAAUUAAGCCAGUCCGGAUAUUGAACAUCAGAUGACUACUGCCAUUAUCAGGACAGUGGUGCGUUGGCGCUUAAUAGGAACAGUGAGGUGCCUCUGGAAGGAAUCAGAAUGUGCAGAUUCAUCUUCUGUUGUCUUAGUUCUUGGUAGCCUGUAUAGUUGGGGGGGGGGGGGGGGGGGGGGGGUUUGAAUCGAAGAUGGUAUUCGGUUAGCUCUGCAGUUCCUCAAGAUGGCACAGGUAGGUGACUUUGUUGUUGUCACUUCUCAGUUUUGAUUAGGUUCCUUAGUUAGCACAACUGGUCUCUUUUUAAGAUAGAGGAUGUUAGAGCCAAAGAAAUAGGGUGUUAGGAUUUUUCUAGGUUUGCCCAAUUGUAAUUAACUGUGUAAGGCAGAAUGUAAUGAAUCGAUACAGCUUUAUGUGAUCUGUUACCUAAUCUCUACAUAUACAUGCGGCCUUUCUUAGAAG